AUCUCAUGUUCAAUGGCGCUGAAUGGCGCGCAGUGCACACAUUACAACAUGUGGUAUGUGGACUGAUGUGAACUGUGAACCUUGUGAACUCGUGCUCGUCACUUUGUGAAAGCCGACUAUUCAAAUUAUUCGAAUGAUGUACUCUCCAUGGACGAUAAUCAAUCCCGUAAAGGAAAGAAUGAUCGUUUCAAAAUUGAUUCGCUCGUACAGUCAGUUUACAAACGACAAACCCGCUAACCUGAUUAGGAGCGAAUUUUUAGAUUAUUUAAAGGAUUUAAAACACAGUUUCAUUCGUUCUAGUCCCGUCUCUCCGAUUACUGAUCAGUCGCUCGCUUUUAUCAACGCUGGCAUGAAUCAAUUUAAAGGAAUUUUCUUGAAUUAUUACGAACCACCUGCGACAAAAGUGGCAAAUUCGCAAAAGUGCAUCCGAGUUGGUGGGAAACAUAACGAUCUAAGCGUCGUUGGUACCGACACUCAUCAUCAUACGUUCUUCGAGAUGCUCGGCAACUGGUCCUUUGGGGAUUAUUUGAAGGAAGAUGCUUGUUCAUAUGCUUGGAACCUUUUAACAAAUGUAUACAACAUACCCAAGGAAUGUCUUUAUGUAACAUAUUUUGGUGGUAACAAAGAAUUGGGCUUAGAGCCGGAUCUAGAGUGUAAGGACGUUUGGCUGAGGCUGGGUCUUCCAGAGUAUCAAAUUCUGCCAUUUGGUAUGCGAGAUAAUUUCUGGGAAAUGGGUGUGUCAGGCCCUUGUGGACCUUGCACGGAGAUACACGUGGACUAUAUGAAACGAUCUACUAACCAGGCUGCACGAGUGAAUAAAGGAUACGCCGAUCUGAUGGAACUGUGGAACAUAGUUUUUAUUCAGUAUGAAAGGCUUGCGAAUGGAUGUAUAGUACCUUUACCAAAACAUCAUGUUGAUACAGGCAUGGGACUUGAACGAUUAGUCACCUUACUGCAGGGGAAAAUAUCAAAUUACGACACAGAUCUUUUCCAGCCGUUAUUCGAGGCGAUACGAAAGCAUACAAAUGCACCAGAAUAUAAGAGAACAUUUGGCAACGAUGAUACUGGAAAACUUGACUAUGGUUAUAGAAUUCUAGCGGACCACGCGAGAAUGAUUACCGUAGCAUUGACUGAUCACGUGUUACCUGAGCAACAACCAAAAUUACGGAGAAUAUUACGAAAUGCCAUGAACAUCGAAGAAAAGAUAUUCAGAAAGACUGGUAUAGUCGCUGAGCUUACCGGCCGUGUAGCUGACAGCUUGGGUGUAGUUUAUCCGGAAUUGCACAGUAAUCUGAAACAGGUACAAAGGAUAAUAGAUUAUGAGGAAAAUCUGUUCAAGAGAUUACGAAAUACCUCUGGCAAGAUGUGGAAGAAAAUGGUCGAAACUCGGCCGGAAUUAGCAUCGAUUACUGAUUGGAUGUCGCCUGGUCUGCUCGAUGGCUAUAAAGAUCUACAAUCUAUGUUGAAAGAAUUACGUAAAACUAACGUGUUACCCGGGGCUGUUGCAUUCAAGUUGUAUGAUACGUAUGGCCUUAAUCCAGAAACUAUAGCGGAACUGGCACAAAUUGAAUUACUGUAUUUUGAUGAAGCUGACUUUGAAAAAGAACUUGACAAUCGUAAAUAUCAAUCAAGGAUCGGCUUGGACAAACACAGCGCCGAACUUACUAAGGAAUCUCUGAGAUUACUUGAAGAAAAUUACGUACCAAAGACAGAUGAUUCUUUCAAGUACAAUUACACGUAUGAUGGAAAUGACUAUAAAUUUCCAACGCUUGAUAGUAAACUGAUUGGCAUCAUCAUCAAUGGGCAAAUAAUCGCAAGUAAAAAUUACUCGGACGUUACGAAAACGUUAACUGAUAACGUUAGUAACGGGACAAUUAUAAAUGUUGACAAGAUAUUAAAUAAUGCGGAUGAAAUUGGCAUUAUACUGGAUAAAACUAUAUGUUAUUCAUUAGAAGGUGGUCAAGUUUCAGAUAAAGGAAGCAUUCGUAUCAAAAACUUGCUUUUCAAUAUAGAAAAUGUCAAAAAAAUAAAUGACUACGUAAUUCAUUUUGGACGCUUUGCCGAAAUACAAUCAUCGACAUCAGGACCGUAUUUACAAAUGGGAGAUGAUUGUCUAGUUGAAAUAGAAUCGCAGAGUCGUACUGGCGCUAUGAAACAUCAUACCGCAGCGCAUUUAUUGAACGCAGCCUUAAAACAAGUUAUGCAAGUGGUUUAUCAACGUGGCUGUACGGUCGACACGGAUAGCUUAAAAUUUCAGUUCAACUCGUUUGGCGAACAACUCGCGUCAAAACAAAUGAGAGUAAUGGAAGACCACAUUAACGACAUCAUACAAUCACGUGCUGCAGUAACGGUAAAAACAUUAAAUUCGCUCGAGCUGUUAAAGCAGGAUGACGUUACAUUGAUUCCUGGAGAAAUAUAUCCCUACACGGGCAUCAGAAUCGUAGAAAUCGCCGCUGAUAAUUUAAAAGCAAAGGAAUCAUGUUGUGGUACGCACGUACAUAACACAGGUGUGCUGCAACAUUUCUGCUUUUUAACAUACACCUCAAAAGGAGCGACAAGGCAAACGGUUAAAGCUGCAGUCGGCCAGAAAGCUCUACGUAUGAGGCAAGCCGGUGAGAAAAUAUGGCGCAAUAUUGUGGAACUGGAAGAAAAAAUACAGAGUGGCACGUUUACGUAUCAACUAGACGCAGAAAUAAAUCGUAUGAAACGCGUACUCGAUGACGAAAAUCCACAAGCGUCAUUAUUACCUUACUUGAUCAAAGAAAAAUGUUUGACGCGUCUGGAAAGUUUGAGUAAAGCAGCAUGGUUGCGAGAGAAAGAAAUUGAAAAAGAUUCUGUGAUUUGCGAGAUUACCAGUGCCACUGAUCCGUCAUCCGGUUUUAUCGUACACUGUUUGAACAAGAAUCCGGCGUACUUGUCGCUACAUGAAGUUGUAUCCUUCUUUUCUGGAAUACCAAUAUUAGUUUUGUCGUACAAUAACGGAUUUGCGAGAGCAAGAUGUUCCGUACCGCAGGAAAUGGUCUCGAAUGCAUUCAAUGCACAAAUCUGGAUGGAUACCAUUCUGCAAAUUUUUGAUGCGAAGCAAGGUCCUAUCAAGGGAUUCAAACCCACGUUGGUCGCGAGCAUGAAAUCUACACCGAUAUCAGAGGAUUCUCUUCAGACGUAUAUGGAAAAAGCACGUAUGGAAGCUAUGAAAUUUGCAUCCAUACAUGUGAGAAAGAUUGAGUACACUGAUAGUAACAAUCAGUAAAAGAGUAUAUUUGUUACAAACUUUAGAUUAGAAAUACAGCUACAAUAAAUUUAUAUUUGCGUU